GUAGGAGUAAAUUGGUAUGACUAAUGUGUCACAUGUGCACAGGCACAUAAGAGAGAGAGAGAGGGAGAGAAAGGUGCGAUGGGGGAUAAGCAGAGGGAGAAAGACAGUGGUUACAAGAGAUAAAGCCAAAAGGGGAGAUAGAGAAGGGGUUUGGCAAUCUGUAGAUGUAAAGAGGGGGGAGAUGGAGGGAGUGAGAGAGAGAGAGAGAGAGCGAGAGUGGAAAAAGUGACAGAGAGGGGGAGUGAAAUAUGUAAUGGGAAAAGCGAGGGGCGUAUGGGAUUGCAUUCUGUAUACCAGUAUAGAAUCUUGAAACAUGCAGUGAACCGCAGAGACAAUACAAAACGGUGAAAACCCGCCACGAUAUUUUCAUUGUUGGAAGCCAUCCGAUCAAAGGACAUGCAACGUCACAAGUGCAUGAAAUUGAAUUCACGGCCAUCCAUUAAAUAAUUAUUAUAUCUACCAGUAACGGGCGACGUGUGCAUGCCUCUGUGUGAGAUGGAAGAGAUGUGGGUCUCGUUGCUAUAGAUCGAAUACACUGAAAAAUUCGUUUGAUCUCUGUGGCGUCGCUACUCAUGCCGGUUUCAGAGUAUAAAAAUGGUCUAACGUUCCGUACUUCCCAGUGCUCCGUUGAAUCACCUCUUGGUUUGGGAAGAUGCCUUUACGGAAGCGGCUUUUAUUCAUUCUUACCAUUUUAACAUUGAUAACUGUUGGUUUUGCUUUGCUAUCAAUUUACGCAGGGAUUAAACAAACCUCAAGAUACUUCAGGCCGAAUGUGCGUGAUAUUGACUUCAAUGCCAGCCUUUAUAAGGAAGGGAUUAUCGUUGUAGAUGACAGUCCCCAAAGAUACACACCAUUCGAUGGGUCGUGGAAAAGUCCAACUGCACCUUUUCAUCCAUAUUUCGACGUGAAUUGUUCAGCAUUGAUUCAUAAGGAUAAGUUGGCCGUCAGCAACACGGAAGUGAUUUUGAAGAACUUGCGGGAAAAGGGAGGCAUAGUUGUGCCGUCGGACAAGGAAGUAGAGGGCUUUACUUCGAAUUGCGAGAGGUUUAAAACACAACGAUCUUAUCCGACUUAUGUGCGUUCGGAAGAAGAGCGUGAAUAUCCGAUUGCUUAUACGAUUGUGGCCCACACAUCGGCGGCCCAAGUUGAACGCCUUUUACGCGCCAUUUAUCAGCCGCAUAACCUCUAUUGCAUACAUCCAGACGCGGCUUCGCCUCAGGACUUCCAAUCCGCAUUAGUUAGCCUGGCAGACUGCUUUCCAAAUGUGUUUAUACCGUCCAAGGUGGAGCGCGUGCAGUAUCGAGGAAUUACCAGACUUCUUGCGGAUAUCAACUGCAUGAGAGACCUACUCUCACUUCCGGUUCAGUGGAAAUAUCUUAUCAAUCUCAGCGGCCAGGAGUUCCCUCUGAAAACUAACCUGGAAAUUGUUCAGCAGUUGAAAUCCUUCAAAGGCAUGAAUGAGAUUGAAUCAGUUGUUCCACCUGCUGGUAAGGUUGGUCGCACCGUGUAUAAGUUCAGGUUCCGUCCGGGCUACGAGUUGCCGGUCAAUACCGGCAUCAGGAACUCACCGCCGCCGCACGGGAUACAGAUAUACACCGGAAAUGCAUACGGUGCGUUCGUGAGGUCUUUCGUGGACUUCGUGGUCAACAGCAAAGAGGCCGGGGACCUCCUCAGAUGGAUGAAAUAUACGUGGAGUCCGGACGAAAACUACUGGGCCACACUGCACCAACAUCCGAAUGCCACACCCGUGUGGGGGAAGGGUCCAUCAGACAGACUAUUAGUGAAGAUGAUGAAAUGGGGAGAUCAUUUCGACCAUCCUGCGUGUGCAGGGAAGUACGUGCGGGCUUUGUGUGUUUUCGGAGUGGGAUAUCUGUAUCACCUUGCUGAGGUACCCCAUUUAUUUGCCAAUAAGUUCCAUUAUGAGUAUGAUCCCGUUCCCUUUCAGUGUCUCGAGCAGCUUCUCGACUACAGGGCCAAUUUCCCCGAAACACUAAAGGAAUUUGUUAAAGGUUUCCCUGUCGUGGAUUGAAGUUCUUGAGGGGACGCCAUCAUGAAACUAUAUACGUUUGACCUACACUAGUAAAUGCCUUUAAUCAUAUUGGUCUUGCCCAUGUAUUGGAAAUCGGCACAUUGGUGAUCUGUAUGUGAUGACAGCCUCAUCGUUCUAAUGUCACAUUGCUAAAGUUGCAAGGAGUCAUUUACAACUGCAGAAGAAAUCACUUUUUAAAA